UAGUCCAGGCUCCAGUGUUCGACUUCACAUGUGCUCGAACCCGUUCCUUCAAAGUGUUUGCCUUCUCAAGCUUAGUAUCUAGUCUAGGAAUCCUCUCUCCGAUCUUCCUAAUCCCAGCACAGACCGGAGAUGUAGGGUUGGAGUUACAACUAGGACUCGGGAUAGGAGUAGGAUCCAUCCUUGGUUUUACGCUGGUACACUACAGAUUUAAGAAAUUUUUCCUCACUAAGAUGUUUCUUCUGAUGAUUGGAGUAUCAAUGCUUAUUCCAGUUCUAGAUGGAUCUAAACCUGUGUUGACCGUGUUCGUCUGGAUCUAUGGAAUUCCCUUUGGAGCUCAUACAUUCGUAUUCAGAAUGUUAGUUUAUGACCGAAUGAAAGCAAAGAACCUGUUGUGGUCGUCUUCAUUGUUGAACCUAGUUCAAGCCGGACCUACUCCGGUAGGGAUACUCAUCAAUAGAUUAAUCAGUGAAGAUUACGGAUAUAACCUGGGCUACCUUUUCAGUAGUUUCUCCAUUCUACUAGGUUGUCUUAUUUUAUCUCUUCUUCCCCUUCUAAGAACUCCUAAACCUGGAAAACAAGCUCCAGGUCCUGAAACUACUCCGGAUACUGAUAAUCUUGAACUCCCGAGUAGGAAGAACUCUAUUCAGGACGCAGACGAUGAUUUCCUUCCUCCACUCUCCGUCCUCACCCAGCAGAGAUCAGUUACCUACGGAGAUCUCGUGGACGGACAACCGCAGGAGGUCACUUUCAUUUGCGAGGACGGAGACAUUUCUCAACCCUAUCCUAGGAACAGAGGAACUCCAAUACGGAUUUCUUCCAUGGACAUCAGAUUCUUAACAGGAGCUAAAUCCAUAUAGACAAUUUUACGAAUAAAAAUUAUAUUAUUUUAAACUAUUCGUUUUUCUUUUAAAAUUUUGCAUGACAGUUCUAAGUUGUUUCAAGAAAGUAAAGAUUUGGUAGUACGGUCCCAUCUCUAAUAUCUAUUUAUCUAUAUAUUUGUGUUUUUUAUUUUGGGCUGAUUUU